AUGGACGGGUCAGAGGUUAUGCAUCGUUUGUGGAAUCGGGAUCUUGCUGCCGUCCUGAACUUCCGAAAUAUACUUAAAAAUUUGAGAAGACAAGCAGAAGAAGAUCUCCAGGAGGGUCGUCGUUUGAGACAAAGACUGACUAGAAUUCAAAGAAGAUAG